AUGUUGGGGCGUUUGAACGUGGCCAAACGACUUGCGCGUCAGAAUUCAGAGACUGGCAAUGGCGAACGCUACCCCGACUACUUCGGUGAACUGCUCAAGGCGCCGGGCGCAAAAAGUGACACAAUUAUUUGGACGGCUCGCCAGAUGGGCCAAGAAGCACUCAUAUGUGCUGUCUUCCAGUGGUAAGUGCUGUAUCAUCUCAUCGUUGUCGGAUCAAUAAAUGUACGAUGGUCUGGAAUUUGAUUUUGGUUAAGAUAAUGUCUUGUGUUGGAUUGUUCCCAGGCUCCCGUCUUUCAGUCUCAACACUAUAGUAAAAUAGAGGUAGGAUGGAAACUGGUCCAGGAGACACUAGUAGUGUUUUCUUGAUUGCCUAGCCUGAGCUUAUACUACGCGUCCCAGACACUAUGGACGCUCUCAUACACCAACAAUGUUUCUGCCUACUUGAUUAGCCACACGAUGCAGGCCAUAUACACCAGGUUGCAAGUUGCGACUGUGUUGAUUCCACAGAGUCGUUAGGACGACAUGCAUUUAUGCCAAUGUCCGAAUAUUCUCAGUCCAUUUUCACGUUAGUUGUAGCCUUCAAUAUUACUUCUUGGCGAGGCAUGUUAAAGUUGGCAAAUGUGAGGCAACCAGAAAUGCCUUAUGGCACGUCUACAUUACCAGCAAUCAGGCUAUUUAUUUCCCUCCUUCCAGGUUGCCCGCAAUCUGACUUCCCGGGGGCCGCAUUCGGCGGCCGUUUGACACAGCAGGCAGAGGCGCCUCAUCACACAGUAAGUACUCUGGACGCAUGAUAAUGAUAAUGCUGAUGCCGAUGCUGAUGAUGAUGCUGAUGAUGAUGAUGAUGAUGAUGAUGAUGAUGAUGAUGAUGAUGAUGAUGAUGAUGAUGAUGAUGAUGAUGGCGGCGGCGGCGGCGGCGGUGGCGGCGGCGGCGGCGGCGGUGGCGGCGGCGGCCAGAGAGGGCAUUUUACAUUUCAUUGCCUGCUCUAUCCUGUCACUAAACGUAUUCCUUCUUGCAUCACCCAGGGUGUCCCACGCCUACUGGUGGAGAUGGUCGAGGCCCUGCGUAGACGUGGCCUCUGCAUGGAAGGCAUUUAUCGAGUGCCAGGACGCGCCUCCAGGGUUCAAGAAAUAAUUCAACUGGCAAAUUCCGUAAGUCACCUACCUCAUUAAUCCUAUGCAUGCAGUGAAACAUCAUGCAACACAGAAUAUUCAGCUGACUUACCCUUAGUUGUACACUAACAUGCAGAUUCGCAUAUGUUUGCCCUUUCAGGGUGCGGGGGAGCUGUGUGACCGACUGGUGUGGGAUGAGGAGGCGCUUGAUGGUCGCACAUUAUCGUCAGCCAUCAAGCGCUACGUGGGCGCACUACCUGUCAGUCUUCUUAAUGCCAACAUGUUUGUCUCCUUUGUGGCGUCGACGGCGAUGGGGACAGCGUCGGAGAGAGGUGGCCGGUCUCUGCGGACACCGGCAGGCCUGGCGAGCGCCUUAUGCCAGUUGCGAGUAGCUCUCAUGAAGGCAUUUGGCUGCCCUGGCAUUUCAAAGGCUGAGGACCGAGAGAGAGGGUGGCGAUUGGCCACGCUUGACUUUGUCAUGCGCCACCUACGGGAGGUUGUGGCCCUUCAGGCCAUCAACCGCAUGUCCCCACGUGCGCUGGCAUUAUGUCUCACACCCUCUCUCUUCGGCUCCACGGACGAUGCCGAGACCAACAGUCAGGUAUGCAUUACCCAACAGCUGCCCUCUUUCACGUCUCUCCAUGUAAUCCCCUCUUCCUUUACUGGUCAUUACCGCAUGCUUAUGCUAUUUUAUGUCUGCCACCAUCACCAUCAAUAGGUGCUGGAGCUGCUACUUGAGCACUGGCCCUGGUUGUCACAGUGUCUGCACCGGGGCAGCCAGCCGGUGUCCGUAGAGGGUCUGGGCGAACCGCUAUCCGAUGCCUGUCUCUAUGCUUGCCGGUAAGUCUCCAACCGCCCAUCUCCUCCUUGCCAUUGUAUCGACUUCAUUUAUUCUGAUAUUCACGCUUACUAGGAGACUUGCUUCCUUUCUUACUGUGCACUCAUUUACAGUCCAAUUCAUGCAGACAUUUUAGCCAUGCUAUACUUCUUGAGGUUUUUGUCGCUGGCUGCCAUGUUGUUGCCCUGAGGACUGAAAUACGGCCUCCAUGACAGCACAGAUAUUUUUCAUUCUAGUCCAAAGCAUAGGCUACGCCAAUUAAUCUAGAGUGCUGUUCAAUCUAACGGGUACUCAACCAUGGCUCACUGAACACUCUCCCCUUUCUAGAUACCAGCGUCAUUGUUUUCUGCAAUCCCUGUGCCUACCACCGACCCUCCCACCGUCGCCGCCGCCGCCGCCUUCAGUCGCCGGCUUUUGUGCUGGCGCGUGUACAUAG